GACGAUGAUUUAUAGAAUUCUCUUAUCUGGCACCUGAGCAUUUUCCUUCCAUCAGUGAUCGAGCGAAUUUGCGGAUAGCGCGUGUUGCACGCUCUCAGUUCCUCGUUCACGAAGAUCGAUAGCGUUCAAGGAGCAAGACCGGUGCUGCAAUGUGACUUCAAAGUGAGCCGCCUGUGAAAUCGAUCGGGAAAUUGCGUCUUUUGAUACAUCAUUCACCGCGAGGCUCGGGAAUCGUCGAACUCUUGUUUCCGACGAGAAGCAAUCACGCGGCGAUGAUCUCGUGCAUUUCGACGAGAAACAGUUUCAUUGUGCUUGAAUCGCAGUCCGUGUGCGUUCUACGAUAAGCUUCGUAGCUGUAUACGUGGAUUUGGAGAUCAUAUCGUUACGUAACGACGUGCAUGCAUGUGAAAGCAAAAACGUAUGCACGUGAUUGUUAUCUGUUUAAAGAAUCGUCUAACUCGCUCGCUCGCUCCAAAACAGCUUUCGCGUCACCGAACGCUCCUCUUCUAUCGCCGCAUCGCGACUCGUGCGCGAGUUGUUCAAGAGGAACCAUAAUGAUUACAGACAAUUGCAAUUUUUUAAAUACAUUUUUUAUAUUUGUAUACACGUAAAUGGAUAAACGGCCGUUUCAUGCAAUCGAUUCGCCCGUUCGCCGCGACAAUUACGGAAGAAGUUGUCACUGCUCUAGACAGAUCUGCAGAUCCACGCAGGAGCAGUGCGUAGAUCAUCCCGCUCCACGUAGUUGGAUUCGGCAGACUCAUUGUGCGUAUUGAAAAAAAAGGAAGUCAAACAAAGACCGUAAUGCAUAGAAUCGAUGAGGCCUGAGGAGACCAGCGACGUCGGAAGGAUCGAGGAAGGAUCGACGGACCGACAGGAAGGACGAAAGAUGCCAGGCACUCUGACGUAUCCCAUCUACGCUGGUGUUGACCCAUCAGCACCCAGAAGACGCGCCUACACCUGGAACGCGCAGCAUCGUUCCGCGUCACGUGUCGCAGAGGUUAAUGCGCAGCUGGGUCGAGCGUCGUUCUCGGAACCCGCGAGAGACGAGGCAACGAGCAGGUUGAGAUUAAAAGUGAUCGGUGGCCACCAUCUGGCCAAGAAAGAUAUUUUUGGUGCGAGCGAUCCCUAUGUACGUGUCGACUUGAAUACAAUAAAUGGCGAUCAGACGGUGGAUUCUGCACUCACAAGAACUAAGAAGAAGACUUUGAAUCCUGUCUGGGAGGAGGAAUUUAUAUUUAGGGUUAAACCGGUGGAACACAAAUUGGUCUUGCAAGUCUUUGACGAGAACAGAUUGACAAGGGAUGAUUUUCUUGGUAUGGUAGAAUUAACACUGAUUAAUUUGCCAAAGGAACAAGAAGGUCGUACUAUUCCUGCUAGGAAUUAUGUACUUCGUCCACGUAGUAAUCAUUCCAGUCAGCGGUCGCGAGUUAAGGGAACGUUGGAACUGUAUCACGCGUAUAUUUCUGAUUCGUCCAAUACUGAAAAUGACAACGGAGACAUAUCCGACUCGGGCGGAUGGGAAUUAGUGCAGCCGGAGAGUAAUAGUCCAGUGGAGCAAGCUGCGGACAUCACAAUGGUUAAUAGACCAUUACCACCAGGUUGGGAGGAGAGGCAGGAUGCGAAUGGCCGUACAUACUAUGUUAAUCAUAUAGCGCGUUUCACGCAAUGGGAACGACCGGAACCGGAUACGGCAGCGACGAGUGGAACGGUUGAACAACGUAAUUUGGACACGGCAGCUACUGAAUUUCAACGACGAUUCCACAUUAGUGCCGAUGACGAAGGCAGACACAGGAAUUCGGUAGUAUCGAAUCAGGAUGGUGAAGUUCUACGCGAGGACGAUGAAGAUUCGGAAGCAAGAGAUUGUGAGGGUGGGGAUCAUAGGGGAGGGGGUAUUGGGGAUACUUCUUCAGACUCCGGACGUUCUGUCGAUCAACGUGGCUACCUUAACGAAUCUGAAGAACAGACUGAUGACAAUGUUGAUAGUCCCGCUGGUUCGAGACGUUCUUCAGAGCAAAUUGAGAGUCCAAAACCUACUCUGCCUGUGUCUAAUGACGAAGGUCUACCUCCCGGUUGGGGUAUGCAGGUAGCACCUAAUGGUAGAAUAUUUUUUAUUGAUCACAAUGAGAGAGCAACGACCUGGAUUGAUCCACGAACAGGACGACCAAGUUCUAUACCUAAUCAUAUUGCACCGUCGACGACACCGAGAAGCGAUUUAGAUCAAUUGGGACCGCUUCCAGAAGGCUGGGAGGAGAGAGUACACACGGACGGACGAAUUUUCUUCAUAGACCACAACACAAGAACAACGCAAUGGGAAGAUCCACGCAUGUCCAAUCCUCAAAUUGCCGGCCCGGCUGUACCGUAUUCCAGAGAUUACAAACGCAAAUACGAAUAUUUGAAAUCGCAACUGAGAAAGCCUAAUAAUAUUCCUAACAAGUUUGAGAUAAAAGUGGGACGGAACAACAUCCUGGAGGAUUCGUACCGUAUUAUAAGUUCGGUCAACAGAGUUGACAUUCUAAAGACGAAACUGUGGGUAGAGUUUGAAGGCGAGGUAGGCUUAGAUUACGGUGGCCUUGCGAGAGAAUGGUUCUUCUUGUUGUCGAAAGAAAUGUUCAAUCCAUAUUACGGGCUUUUCGAAUAUUCCGCAACAGACAAUUAUACAUUACAAAUUAAUCCUUGCUCUGGCGUAUGUAACGAGGAGCACUUGAAUUAUUUCAAGUUUAUCGGACGUAUAGCGGGAAUGGCUGUUUACCAUGGCAAACUUUUGGAUGCUUUCUUUAUCCGACCAUUUUAUAAAAUGAUGUUGGGUAAACCGAUCGACCUGAAGGACAUGGAAAGCGUCGACUCCGAGUAUUACAACUCUCUUCUGUGGAUCAAAGAGAACGAUCCCAGCGAAUUGGAGCUGACUUUUUGUCUCGAUGAGGAAAGCUUCGGCCAUACGUCCCAGAGAGAGCUGAAGCCCGACGGUGCUAAUAUCCCUUUGACGGACGAAAAUAAAGACGAGUAUAUAAGUUUGGUCAUACAGUGGCGGUUCGUAUCCCGCGUGCAGGAACAGAUGAACGCCUUCUUGGAAGGAUUCAAUGCUCUUAUACCACCGACAUUGGUAAAGAUAUUCGAUGAGCACGAGUUGGAGCUGUUAAUGUGCGGUAUACAGCAUAUCGACGUGAAAGACUGGAAGCAGAAUACUUUGUACAAAGGGGACUAUCACGCAAACCACAUUGUCGUCCAAUGGUUCUGGCGAGUCGUCCUAUCGUUUAGUAACGAGAUGCGUUCUAGAUUAUUACAGUUUGUAACUGGCACAUCGCGUGUCCCGAUGAACGGAUUCAAAGAGCUUUACGGCAGUAAUGGGCCGCAGUUAUUCACCAUUGAGAGGUGGGGUACACCGGAGAAUUAUCCAAGAGCUCAUACAUGUUUUAAUCGAAUUGACCUUCCUCCGUAUAAAAGUUAUCAACAACUCAGGGAUAAGCUAGUUAAAGCAAUUGAAGGUUCUCAAGGCUUUGCUGGAGUCGACUAGCACGAACUACCUUUAUUCAUGAUGAUAUCUGUAAUAUAAUGUAUAUAUUACAUAUACAUAUAUCUAUAGGUAUACACAGAAAAGUAUAUUGUCUUAAUAUGAUUAUAUCUAUUUAAAGAAUUCCCACACUUAAAGAAAUCGAUUUAAUUGCUUCUUAAUUGUGUGCAAUAACAUUGAAACGAGGUGAAAACAAUACAUUAAAAGAUUCAAGUGAUCGCUUAACUUUCCGAAAUAAUUUCAACAAGUCUUUCAGCAUGUUACACACUUUUCAAAUUACCAAUUAUAUUUCAUAAAAGCUAUUUGCAUAAUCUGAGAAAAUGCAGCUGAAAACCUAUAAUUAAGUAUUAUAUAACUAAUCCACUUUUAAAGAUAUGCUAUAUUUUUACUAUUGCAACCUCGGGAUCUUUUGGAAGAAGUGAUUUGGCUGCUGUAACAAUGUGACGUGAUAUUGAUUUGCUAAUUGUUUAUUCUCGUUUCUUGAUAACAUCAAAGUAUUAUUAAGAAAUGGAGAGAGGUGCAAACCGUUUUAAAAUGAUAUUGCAAUUACAUGAAAAUGAAGUACAAUCGAUGUCAUUCUGUGACUUGAAAGUAAAAGACAAAUGUUAUGUAUCUGCACAUAUUUAAUGCUAUUCUUUUUGCUUCCAAGUCACAAGAUAUUAAAAUAACAUUAAUUUUCUCGAUAUAUUAUUCGGAAUUCUCAAAAUUACAUUUACCCAAAUCUAAAUUUUGCAAAGGAGAUUACUUUUUCUCUGAUAACAUUUUAAUUUAUAUCCUACUGAUAUCACGAAAUACUGUAAAAAAUAAUGUUAUUAAUAGUCACUAUUUUAUAAAAAAUUUCGUAGAUAUUGAUUUAUAAUUUUAAUUGUAUUUUUAUGGCACACCAAAUUUCACUUCUUUCUUUUUCAGCUUUAACAACAUACAAACUUUUAAUGCUCCCUUUUCACUGUUUAAUACUUGUGCAAAGGUGUUUAUGCCUUUUGUUAAAGCAAAGGUGAAACGCUUGUUAGAUAUAUUUUAUGUGGAUAUAUAUAAAUUUAUGACUUAUCUUUUUUUGUUCAUAUGUUGUUCCUUUUACAAUUUUUAUGGUUAGCAAAUGAUGAAGAAUAACAUCGUAUAAAAAUAGUGUUAUUCGAAAGCGUAUACUUCUACGAUGUACAGAAAAAGUUAAACACAGUUCUUUGUUACCGAUUAUGUUAUUAGAAGAAAAGGCAAGAAAAUAUGUAUAAUCCAAAAUAAAAAAAAUAUAUAAUUUUGUUAAAAAGUCUUACAAUUAAUUUUAUAUUAAAAAAUGUAAGUUAGGGCAAAAUUAUUGUAAAGAAGAAAAACUCGAUAUUUUCUCUUAAUAUAAAUAAAAUAAAUGAUGCAGGAUGUUACAAGUACUCUAUAACAAACUCAUUUAUAAUAUCUCUCGAUGAAUUAAUAAAUACCAAAUCAAAUUGGCUACGGCUUGUAUUAUUAAUUUACACCUUGCUUAUUCUUCUAAUUUAAUAAUGAUUUAAGAAUGUAUGUUCUGCUCAGGUAGCAUAAUUAUGUAAAAUUUAUUAAAUGGCGGAACAAAUUGAUUAUAAGAUUAUUUCCAACAAAAUGUAAUCGUUUGUAUAUUUCAUUAGUAUCCUGGUGUGUGAUAAAACACUCCAAUCGUCUCGAAAAAUAAUAUAAACCUUGCUUCUGAUUAAUCAAUGAUCAUUAGCAAUGGCAAAUAAUAAUCGCAGAUGACAAAGUCGAUGUCAGAUACGAUUGCCUACCUUGUAUUAUAUAACACUUUUAUUCACGAAAUUAUAACGUACAUUCUAAAUGACACGAAGUUGAUAUAACAUUCCAUCCUACAUAUUUGUACAGCUUAUUUUAUUGUAAAACAAAUAAGUCCCGUUAGAUAAUAAAUAACAUUGUCACGGCAGAGAUUUUGUGGCCU